AUGGCAAACUCUACGCCCAUUGUCAUCGUUGGCGCCGGCGCCUUUGGCCUGUCCACGGCGUUGCACCUCUCCAGAGCCGGCUACACCGACAUUACCGUGCUGGACAAGGACGACGCGGUGCCAUCGCGGUAUUCGGCCGCAAAUGACCUCAACAAGAUUGUCAGAGCCGAAUACGAAGACGCCUUCUACACAGAGCUGGCACUGUCUGCCGUCUCUGCUUCGCCCCCCGUCCAGAAAGCAGUGUCGGCCUGGAGGACACCGCUCUUCGCCCCGUACUACCACCAGACGGGGUUCCUGCACUGCGUGUCCGAGACGGCUCCGGAAAAGGCCGUCGCCACAAUGCAGCGGUUCCGAGCGUCGGCUGAGAAGGACGCCCAACUGCGCCGGCAGCUCGUCAGCAUAGACACAAGACGCGAUAUCCUCCACCAUGUGCCGCAGUUCCACGACGGGCCGCUCCCCGGCUGGAGAGGCUAUCUGAAUCGCUGCGCCGGCUACGCGCAGUCUGGACAUGCCCUGGCCGCCGUCCACCGGCAUCUCUGCCAGUCGGGCGUCCGGUUCCGUCUAGGCCCCAGCAACGAAGUAGUCGGCAUCCACUACGAGGCCCCCUCGGCCGACGGCUCCGGUGCUGCUGGCCGAACCGCGCGCGGAGUCCAGACAGCAAACGGCAGCUUCUACCCGGCGCGGCUCGUCGUCGUCGCCGCGGGCGCGUGGGCGGCACAGCUCGUUCCCCAACUCGGCUCCCAGGUCGUGGCGAGGUGCUGGUCCGUCGCGCACGUCCAGCUCACCGACGACGAGGCCUCCGCGCUCAGGGGCAUACCCGUCACGUACGCGCGCGACCUGGGCUUCUUUUUCGAGCCCGACCCGGGAACCAAGUUGCUCAAGCUGUGUCCCAUGGGGGCCGGCAUCGUCAAUACCGACGGCGAGACGGGCGUUUCGCUGCCCCCGGGGGAUCUGUCCCGGAGCGCGUUUAUGCCCGGCCACGAUGAGGGAAAGCUGCGGCGGCUGCUGGCUCAUACUUUGCCUGCGCUGGCGGAGCGGCCGCUGGUCAAGAGGUCUCUGUGCUGGUUUGCCGACACGAGCGACUCCGACUACAUUGUCGACUAUGUGCCCGGGACGCGGUCCUCGGUCGUUGUCCUGUCGGGUGACUCGGGCCACGGCUUCAAGAUGUUUCCCAUUGUGGGAUCGUGGGUGGCGGACUUGCUGCGCGCGGCUGAUGGCAGGCAGCACGAGGCCCGUUGGCGCUGGAAAGAUCAGAAAGCGGAAAGGGCAGGCAGUCAUGGGGGAGACGAGGUGAGCUGGAGAGUAGGUGAGACGAGGGAGUUGGCUUCUGUUGAGCCUACGAAUCCUGGGUUGUAA